AUUGGCCUUGCUUUAGCUGUGACGUUCUCCGGAUCGAUAGCGGUGUUGUACAGAAACAUCCAGCAUACGAAUGUUGCAGAUAACCUUGCAAUCAUUAGAGGAGUGUUAAGAGCCGAGAGGCCGGUGAGGCCCGAUUUUCGACUGGAGAACAAGUGCACAUCAAAUAUUCUACGCAGAAUGGGAAAACCGGGGUUUUUCGAGGGUAUCCCGAAGGAGUUUCUUCCGGGAUACAAAGGUCCGUGUUUUAUGAUCAGAGAGAAAGGCAGAGAAGUGCUGCGGUGCUUGCCUCAUUUCUAUAUCAUUGGAAUUACGAAGUGUGGAACCACUGAACUAUGGGAAAAACUGAAGUUACACCCUCAACUUUCCUUCUGUUCUGAUGAAAAGGAGUCUGAAUGGUGGACGCCGGAGAGAAAUCAGUUUAUGCCUUUCUCAACUUACCUGGAUUUAAGGUCAGCGAAAAUGGUUCAACAGUUCCAGCGGAAUGAGUCUCUGCGAAAAUGGCUUGUAACAGCCGAUGGGUCUCCGACCACGAUCUAUGAGUUCUAUAGCUGGAGGAAGUUCUUUGGCGAGAAUUAUGAUGGUCCGAACUGUACCACAGCAGACCUUCUUUAUGCGGCACAACCACAGGCAAAAAUCAUCAUAACACUUAGAGAUCCAAUCGACAGAUUAUACUCCCAUUACCUUCACUUCAACCACGAGAAGGGAUCAGUUGAAGAAUUUCACGAAGGCGUGGUCUCGGAAAUCGCAGAAUAUAACAAAUGUCGGACUCGUCUGAGUGCACGGGCGUGUGCUUAUGCAGAGAGGCGCCGAAAUUUCGUGACACUAAAUACUGGCCUAUACAGCGUUUUUAUUCGAGACUGGGCGAAGGUAUUUCCAUGGGAACAAAUACGGAUCCAAAGACUUGAUGACUGGAGAAAAAACUGCCCUAAGGUUUAUUCAGAAGUAUUAAAGUAUCUAGAACUUGAUAGUCUACCGGACCAAACUUUGAAGGUGAUUUGUACUCAAAGAAUAAAAAAUUCAGGAGCUGAGAAGCUGACGAAGGUUGGAGCAAUGAUGAACAAAACACGUCAGCUGCUAGUGAAUUUCUACGCAGAGUCAAACCGAAAACUGAGUAAAAUGUUGGGCGACGAUCGCUACUUGUGGAAGCAAUGACACCAGAUGGUGGUUAUACUGCCAAUCGUUAAUUUAUUCUAUUUUUAAUAUUCAUAAUCAUUGGUGCUUCAGAAACACGGUCGUUGGAAUCAACCCGUAUUCCGAGGUCUUGCUUAAUCAAACCCUGAUCUAAAGUUGCAGUUUAACUAUGGUUGAUCAACUUUGUGACACAAAUCUCUUACAUCACAAGUUCGAUUUAUCAGCUCUUGUGACACCCAAAUCAUUCAUAUCUGUUUGGAAAUGAUGAGUGAGACAGUUGGCUUCACCAUUAAAGCAUGGAGCUAAAAAAGACUCCGAAAACAUACAAUAUUAAAGGACAAGUCCACCCCAACAAAACAUUUAUUUGAAUAAGAAGAGAAAGA